GGCGCAGAUCGCCGGGAGCAUGUGGACGCUCGGACCCCGCCGGGCUGCCGGCCUCCUGUCCCGCUCGGCGCUCCGGGGCUCGGCCCAGACCCCAGCUGGGACCCUGCGGCUGGCGAGGAGCAUCGCACUCGGCGGCCGCCGAUACCUGCGCGCCGGGACCGCUGCGGCCUGCGCGCCCCGCCAGGCGGGUUUGAGCCUCUACUGCCUCAACCAGAUUCUCAAUGUCAAAAAGCAGAAUGUCUGUUUGAUGAACUUGAGGACAACAGGAAGUUUGGGCAACCCAGGCUCCUUGGACGAGACCACCUAUGAACGACUGGCCGAGGAGACCCUGGACUCCUUGGCAGAGUUUUUUGAAGACCUUGCAGACAAACCUUACACAUGUGAAGACUAUGACGUCUCCUUUGGGAGUGGUGUUUUAACCAUUAAACUGGGUGGAGACCUAGGGACCUACGUGAUCAACAAGCAGACCCCGAACAAGCAAAUCUGGUUAUCUUCGCCAUCCAGUGGCCCCAAGCGCUACGACUGGACUGGGAAAAACUGGGUGUACUCCCACGACGGCGUGUCCCUCCACGAGCUGCUGGCCGCGGAGAUGACCGAAGCCUUCAAAACCAAACUGGACUUAUCUUCUCUGGCCUAUUCUGGAAAGGACACUUGAUGCCCAGCCCCGUUGGAAAGACCGUGGAAGCUCCAAAGCCAAGACCCAGCUUCCUUCUGCAGCCGAGAGUCUUCCGUUCCUGCUUUUGAGGGCAGUUGCAUUGUGGGUAACAGCUCUGGGAAAAGAAUACGUCACCUCCCACCCUACCUCUGACUUUGGAUGAUUGAUUUCCAUAGCGUUUUUGGACUUAUUGUCUGAUUCCCUCCCUCACGUGAUACCCUGUAUCUUUACAAUGCCUGUAUACCCAUACCUAUAUAUUUAACCUUGCAACAAAGAAAAAUAAUAAUAAGGAAAAAUUCUGAGAGGAGAAAUGAAUUGGCUUCACUAUUUGUUCUUUGAAGGACUUGGUGAAAAACCGCAUGAAGAGUGACUGGCUAAACUCACCAUUGUCUCAAAAUGAGACUCAUUAAAGAGGGCCUCUAAGUGUUCCCACGCCUCUUGAAAACAUAGACACUUAAGCCUGUUACUAUUGAAGUGUCAGUGGCAACUCGGGAAUUCUCAAACCAAAGACCAUUCUCUCUCUGUGCUUUGUGUCUGCCAGGGUGUAUGUAGCCUGCAAGGGGUGUCUCGGAGAUAUGGUGCUGUUUCUCCCAUACGUACAUAUACAGGGUGUCCCAAAAAAUGUAUACACACUUUGAAUAAUUAUUGAUCCCAGUGGGUUAAAUCUGAAAAGAAAGAAGCAUCAACUGAGGCUAUCAGCUGUUAAAGUGUGUAUACAUUUUUUGGGGGGGACACCCUGUAUAUGCACAUACACACAUUUAAAUAUGUUUGAGUGUAUGUAUUUUUUUAAUCUUUUUUUUUUUUA